UACUUCUUUCUCUCUCUCUUUCACGCCUACCAUCACAGUUCUUCGCCAGUGCGCGUGCAUUUUACAUCUUUUGCUCUUGCAAACUUCAGCAACAAUAAUAGGUAUUAACCUAAAAAUUAGCCCGAGGAACUUUUGUGUCCACUCAUUACGUCUCCGGCAGGGUCCGUAAAGCGGGUUAUUGUUAUCACAUAAAAUUUGUGAUAAACCUUUCGCAAAGCAAAAAGUGGUACAGUUGGCAGCAAGUCCAACAGUGUUGCUGUGUUGAGCGCGUGAAAAUCUUCGCAGUAGGCGACGCCACCGCUUCGCUACCUCUGUCAACGCUUCCAGACGAACCGGCUAUCGACGGCAUACGUCCAGUUGCAUUCAAACGAACACCUUCAGCACGGAAACACUCUAUUGCCGAUUUCUUGUGUGAAACGCGGCUUAAACGCUAGCAAACAUGGGCGAUUAUCAACAAGAUCCGAUGGUCCAUCUGGAGCUGACUGGGAAUACGGGCCUGGUGCUUCGUAGACCGUUCGAUCCGACUGCACACGAUCUUGAUGCAUCAUUCCGCUUAACCCGAUUUGCCGACCUGAAGGGUCGCUGUUGCAAAGUGCCGAAGGAGGUUCUGGAAAAGUUGGUAUCGUCGUUGCAACAGGAUUACAUGCAGGAUCCGGAACAGCCCUUUAUGCCGGUUAGUUCACCCCGCAUAGGCAUUGGGCUGGAUUGUUCGGUCAUCCCGCUAAGACACGGUGGCCUCUGUAUGGUGCAGACAACGGACUUCUUUUAUCCGAUCGUAGACGAUCCGUACAUGAUGGGCAAGAUUGCGUGCGCCAACGUGCUGAGCGAUUUGUACGCGAUGGGUGUCACGGACUGUGACAACAUGCUGAUGCUGCUUGCCGUAAGCACGAAGAUGAUCGAAAAAGAGCGUGACGUUGUCAUUCCAUUGAUAAUGCGCGGAUUUAAGGAUUCUGCCUUGGAAGCGGGAACGAGUGUGACUGGCGGUCAUAGUGUGGUGAAUCCGUGGUGCACCAUCGGUGGGGUAGCCACAACGAUCUGCCAGCAGAACGAAUUCAUCGUGCCAGAUAAUGCCGUUGUAGGUGACGUACUGGUUCUGACGAAAGCACUCGGAACUCAGGUUGCGGUAAAUGCGCACCAAUGGUUGGAUCAAUCAGAAAGGUGGAACCGCAUUAAGCUUGUCGUCUCGGAAGAAGACGUACGGAAGGCUUAUCACCGCGCAAUGGAUUCGAUGUCUAGACUGAACCGUGUGGCUGCGCGCCUAAUGCACAAGUAUAACGCGCACGGUGCCACCGACGUGACCGGGUUUGGGCUGCUGGGUCAUGCCCAAACUUUGGCAUCCCAUCAAAAGAAUGAGGUGUCGUUCGUAAUUCACAAUCUGCCCGUGAUCGCCAAGAUGGCGGCCGUUGCCAAGGCCUGCGGCAAUAUGUUCCAGCUCCUACAAGGCCAUUCGGCGGAAACAUCCGGUGGGCUGCUGAUUUGUUUGCCCCGUGAACAAGCCGCAGCAUACUGCAAGGACAUCGAAAAGCAGGAAGGAUGUCAAGCCUGGAUCAUUGGUAUCGUCGAGAAGGGUAGCCGCACGGCACGAAUCAUCGACAAACCGCGAGUGAUUGAAGUUCCGGCGAAGGAUUAAGGCCUUGAAAUUCCCUCUAUAUAUGCGUUUAGUUUAUUAUUUCAUUCAUUUGCUUGUUAAACCUUCUAAACACACCACAUACGUUCAACGGAUUUCUUCUAUGAAAUACACAUUCAAUUGAGAUGCUCAUUACUAGAGCGUGCAACCUACGAUAACAACCAGCGGAAGAUUGCUUUUGUCGAGUGUUUUUUAAUGUUACAUUUACAGCAAAACUAGAAUCGGAAGAAAUGAUACGGACGCACGUCACAAGGGCGGCUGGAGAAGGAAAAUAUGACAAUGAAAGGCAAGCGAUGUAUGCGAUGGAUCUGUAUAGCGAGCGAACGUACAUGUUUGUCUGUUUUAUAAAUAUUAUUGUGCACAAAACGAUGUGAACAAUUCGGUAAGCGAAAAGAAGGAGGAUGAAAGAAUUAAUUUGAGGAAAUGAAGAGAAGACUACAUUAAUAAUUAGCAUUGUCCUUAGAUUUAAUCCAAUGAAAGCCACAUAAAAUAAAACGAAAAAUAGAACUAA